CAAGGCAGCGUUACCGGAUGUUACGCUAACUUCACGUUGACGUCUUCGCCAGUGUUUUUAAAAAAGCGGCGGUUGCCUCUCCACCUUAUGGUGAAUCAGUAGCCACAAUUUCUUUAUCGCAGCUCUGUAACAAAGUAACUAAACUAGGACUCUGGUGUUUUCCAGUAAAGCUGUGAGCUCCUUUAGUGCCCCAGGACCAUGCACAAGCAGCAGUAUGCAGAGGAGAGAGGCCUUCUAGGCAAACUGUGUCCUGGGGAGAAGAAGUUGGAGGGGAAGACCUUUUACCUUGACAAUUUGAAGAAACGCCCAACAGCCCUGCUUUUGGAGGCCAUAUCUCUACUAGGAGGGAGAGUUGAAAGUUUCCUGCACAAGGACGUAAACUUUGUUGUGACUGGAGGCCAAGAGGUUCUGAAGGAGGAGAGAUGUGUGGUUACCAAGGGAGGGGCAAAGGGGAGAAAUGAAGAAGCCCAACAUCCUAUUAAGCGUCGGGAGAGUGUCCUCACCAGUGAAAAACAGCGCCCAGAAACUCCUAGACCAAUGGCUUGUGGCAGCCGGGGGAAGGCUCUGCUUGAAAAAGCCAUUCGCAACAAUGAACGACUGCAGGGUAGCAGUGUUUUGGCCAACGCUCGAUCGUGGGGAGUGAAGAUUUUGUAUGUGGAUGAUGUGCUUUUAUACCUGAAACAACUGACUCGAGAGAGCUUCAGCGUGAAACACAAGAGGCCAGAGAGGACUUACACCAAACAACAAGGUUCUCAUGUUGUCAAAGCUGCAGCUUUAAGAUCUCCAUAUCUUAAAAUUGAAGACUUCAGCAGGAAAUACAAGCCCUUGCAUAUACAGUCUAUGGCCUUGCCAUCUCUGUGCUACCUGGGCCGAUUUAGUCCCUUUGAAUCUCCUCCUCCUCCUCAGUUUGAAAAAUGGACCGAACAAGAAGAAAAAAUAAGGGAGAAGAAAAAAGUUGAAAGCAGCAUCCAGGACAAAUCCCAAACCCCACUCAACUGUAACCCUUCACCAUGGCGGCAACGCAAAAAGGACACGUCAUACUGUGAAUGCUGUCAUCAACCCUUCACUAAUCUGGACGAGCACUUACAGUCUGAUCAGCAUCGUAAGUUUGUGCUGGAUCCCUCCAGCUACAGUGCUGUGGAUCAACUUGUGGCUGAAAUGCUUCCAGGAUUCGACCCCUAUCCGUCUCAACAAUCAGAGGAAACCUUGAACAGACCACCAACUCCUUUGCCCAUCCAGGACAUCUGUGAACUGGAGCCUCUCACUGAUGUGGAGACGGAGUGUGCUGUUCAGGCCCUGCGCAGACAGGAUACAUCAUUUAAUACUGACAUUUCCAGCCUUAUUACAGGUCCUCUUUCCUUUGGCCCUGCCAGCCCAUCAGCAGGAGUUCAGUCGGCCCCCCCAUGUCCAGUCACUCCACCUGUUGACAUCCAGGCUCUCCCUCUUACAGACUGCCAGUUUCCCGACAUCCAGCCUCAUGCUUCAAGCCCAGCCAUGCCUGUAUUGGAUGUUGAACCACAAACCCACGCCUCAGCCAGCCAGCAGCUGUCCCCCUGUCCUGGGACCCCAUGUCCGUCCCCUGAUCCCUACUCCCUGCCCCCAGCCCUCAGCCCACAACUCCAUUAUUCCUCCUACAUCCUGCACAGCCCGUACUCAGAGCCCCCUGUCCUCAGUCCUCAACCGUGCAUUACAGAGGAAGCUGUGGAAGGAGUCAUUUGUGAAAUGGACACAGCAGAGACUUUGUCUCAGUCUGUCUCAGCUGUCGUAGCUCCUCUCCUCAUCCCACGUCUUCCGUCUGUGGCUGUAACAAAUGCAGAAGACGUGAAGGGAUCAAACCAAGAUGAUCUUCUAGUAUUCAGUAAGAUCAUAUGCUCUAGCAAUGUUUUAAAGUGUGAUAAACUGAUUUCACAUAGAUCCCGAUCCCUGCCUCGACAGUCAGUUACAACGCCAAACCCCAAAAAACGCUGUCGAUCAGCCAGCCCUGAAUGCAGCCACAGCAAAAGGAGGAAGAUUACGGUGAAAUUUGGCUACAAUUGUAGAUGGACUGAAAAAGGGAAUACAUCUACAAAACCACAAAAUGACAUUAUGGCAAAGCCUGAGGGCUGUUCAUUAUUUGACAUGGCCUCGUGUCAGAUAAUACAUAGCAGUCCUCACCCAGAGGUCUCUUCAACAUGCAUGGUGGAAGCACUUGAUUUAAAAUAUGCUUUUACCACAUUCUGUGUUCCCACUGUACAGAAUUUCACAUCUGCACCAAGUCAAAUGGACAUUUUGGGUCAUGGUGGCACCUCUGUAGCUGCUCUGUCAAAAGCAAAGGCUUCUGAUCCUUCACUUCAGUUCCCCAACGAAAAAAAAAACAGUGCGCUUUCCAGCCAAGACUCUCAGCGUUCACUUUCCCACUCUACCUCAGUGUGCAUCGAGUCAGCCCUGAUACCGGACUUAGCCACGCUCUCUCCGUCAUCAUCAGACUCUGACUGGGACUGUCACCUGCUGUCAAGGCUCGGCCCGACCUCAGCUACACCUCAGUUGCACACUGAGCAGAGCUGUGAGCUCGACAAGGAACUCCUCCACAGGCCGUGCACCUGGAUGCACGACACCAGCUAUGAGUCACGCCUGCACACUGUCCUUCAGCCUUCGACUCCAGCGACGUCACUAUGUGGGGAGGAAAUGGACCCCUCAGUGUUUUCCAGGACUGUGGUACAGAUUGUUGAGGUUCAGCACUGAUGAUUAUUUUCUUUAUCAUUUGAAAGAACUGGAAGAACCACAACUGGGAGAUGCAUAAAGCACCUGGAGUAGCAAGUCUUUAACUAUUCAGCUGUGUAUCUCACCUCAAGAAACAGCAUAACGCGGCACGUAAGCUCUUCAAAAUAAGCCACUGAACUGUACACUGAAUAAAUAUUUAAAACUUGCUAACUAAAAUGUAAUGCUCAGAUGAUUUUAGACAUGCACAUUUUUUUAUUCUUUAUUGUAGUAGAUGCUGCAUCUUUCCAUGAAUUUAAAGAGCAUCCAUUAUCAUUUUUACUCUCAACCCCUAUUUCUCCUUGUGCACAGAGCCCAGGCAAUAUUGUGUAUGUUUUGCUGACUGUGGUCUUUCAGAAGCAGCUAUGUCCGGGAACACAUGGUAGUACUGAGAAUUUAAUGAGGCUUUUCUGAAGGGGGCAUUACUCAAUUACUGUAAGUGCUGCGUCUGGAUCAGAUCCCGAUUUCACCGGCGUUGAUGGUCACACAGGCAAGGCGUUAGCGGAGUGGAGGACUCACACAACCUGUGAGGCAAACGGUCUGAUUAAUGUCAAACGGCUUUUUUCUGCCUUUUGAAGUUGGGCCAGAGGACUAGCUUUGUCAAGGAGAGACAAGGGCUUCACAGCAGUGCACUGAAGCUAAGGGGAUGUUUAUUAUCUUCACUUGUCAGUUUUUGACUUACCAUUUAAAGACUCGCCAUUGCUCACCAUAGCAGACAAAACUCAAAACCCCAUGUUGCCUAUAAAUCACACCUCCUUCUGAAUGUAUUACAUGGACAUUCAAAACACAAGUGCAGAAUGCAACAAGCAAAGAAACAACAGAUGAUUUCAGUAUGUGGAAGAUGAGCAGUUCUCGUAGGAAAAUGUGAAGUCAAAUCUUGUACAGUGGUUUUUAAAUAAAUGUUUUUAACCCUAAGCAUUUUCUGCGACGUGCUUUAGAGAAAGUUGUUCUUGGGUAAAGAAAAGUUA